AUGUCUGACAAAAACAAAAUGGAGGAAGAAAAGCCUGUUGCUGAGUAACCUAAGAAAAACAAUAAAAAGGAUAAGAAAGAAAAGGAAGACGAACUCAGUGAGGAAGAUAAAAAGUUGAAGGAAAAUAUAGAAUUGUGGGUACUUAGAAUAUAGGAUGUCGAUACUAAUUUAGCUAGUGUUGCUCUUGGUUAAUUAAGAGAGGAAGUCAGAAAAACUACUACUUCAAUGACUUCAGUUCCUAAACCUUUUAAAUUCUUAAAGGCACACUAUGAAGGCUUGUCUAAAUUCUAUGAAUCAAGUGCUCCUUCUUAAUUUAAAAAAGAAUUAGCUGAUUUCUUAUCAGUCAUCUCCAUGACAAUGGCAGAAAGAGGAAAAUAAAUCUCUCUCAGAUAUUUAAAGGAAGGUACUCUCAAUGAUUUCAAAAAUUGGGGUUAUGAAUAUCUUAAUCAUUUAUCAGCUGAUAUUGGAUAAACAUACAACUAGCGUAUUGAAAAGAAAGAAAGUACAGAUGAUCUUAUCUAGUUAGUUGAAGAUAUAGUCCCUUACUUUGUAGAAAACAAUGCUGAGCACGAUGCUGUUGAUUUAUUACUUGAAGUAGACAAGCUCUAAUUUAUUAAAAAGUUCGUAAAUAAAGAAAAUUUUGAAAGAAUCUCUUUGUAUUUGCAAUAAUGCUGUUAAUAUUGUGUAGAUUAAAAUGAAAUGGAAGAAACCUUAAAAGUUAAUUAUGAAAUAGCAUUGUCACUUUAACUUUAUGUUAGCGCAUUGAGAUUAGCCAUUAAGUUAGAUGAUAUUGAAAAAAUUAAAGAAGUUUUCUAAAGUUGUAAAGAUAAAUUAAUUUUAAAAUAACUCUGCUACCUUAUUGCCAGACAAAGAAUUGUUCUUAGCGAGUUAGACCUUGAUGAAGAUCUUUUAAAAAUUGCUUCCAACUAGCAUCUCACUGAUUUUUAUUUGCGUUUUGCCAAAGAAUUAGAUGCCUUAGAACCCAAAAAGCCCGAAUAGGUUUAUAAAUCUGUCCUUGAAGAUAAUAAGGCAUAAAUUGAUUCUUUAAAUGCCAAUAUUGCAGAUACUUACGUAAAUGCUUUUGUCAAUAUGGGUUGCAAGAAGGACACCCUUAUGGUAGUUCCAAAAACUGAAAAGCCUUGGAUUUAUAACUUAAAGAAAACCGGUAUUGCUGCUGCUACUUCUUCAAUCGGUUUGAUUGAUAUGUGGGAUAUUGAAUCAGGUACUGAACAUAUUAACGAAUAUCUUAAUCUUUCUGAUGGUUACGGUAAAUAAGGUGCAUUAAUAGGUAUUGGUUUGUUCUCCAGUGGUAUUGUUGAUGAGAACUUAACUGCUAAGGCAUUACUUGAAAGUGAAUUAAGUUCAAAAGAUGAACUCUGCAAACUUGGAGCUAUUAUUGGUUUAGGUAUGGCUUAUGCAGGUAGUGCAAAUGAAGAUUUAAAGGCUAUUUUUGAACCCAUUUUCUCAGACUCAUCCAGUAAAUUAUAAAUCACUGCUUUCGCUGCUUUGAGUUUAGGUUUAAUUUUUGUUGGUAAAUGUGAUGAAGAUAUUUCCUAAUGGAUUAUUCAAAUUUUAGCUGAAUAUGCUUCUUCUACUGAAAAAUAUCUUGAUACUCAUUUAGCUAGAUAUUUCGCUGUUGCUAUGGGUCUUCUCUUCUUAGGUUAAUAAGAAAGAGCUGAGGCAACUAUUGAAUGCAUGGGUAUUAUUGAACAUGAUUUCGCCAAAUAUUGUGAAAUCACCAUUGAAGGUUGUGCUUACGCUGGUAGUGGCAAUGUCUUAAAAGUAUAAAAAAUGUUACAUCACUGCACUUAGAAGGUAGAAGAAGACAAGUCUGCUUUCUAAUAAGCUGCAAUUGUUUCUCUUGCUUUGAUAAGUUCAAGUGAAGGUAUUGGUAAUGAAAUGGCUCACCGCUCAUUAAAUCAUAUUUUAUAAUACUGUGAAUUACCUGUUAAAAGAGCAGUUCCAUUAGCUCUCGCAAUUUUAAAUAUUUCAAAUCCUAAAAUUAAUGUUAUGGAUCUCUUAUUAAAAUUCAGUCAUGAUGAUGACUAAGAACUCAGCUAGAGAGCCAUCUUCUCUAUGGGUUUAGUAGGUGCUGGUACCAAUAAUUCAAGAUUAGCUGAUAUUUUGAGAAAUUUAUCAUCAACUUAUAAGUAAGACAGUAGCAAUAAAUUCUUUAUCAGAAUUGCUUAAGGUCUUGUUUAGAUGGGAAAAGGUAUGGUAACAUUGUAACCUUACUAUUCUGACAAAUUCUUGUUGAACAAGGUCGGAUUAUCUGGCAUAAUUACAGUAAUUCACUCUUUAAUGGAUACUAAAUCUGUUUUCGGUGAUUAACAUUACACCAUGCUUUAUCUAGGAUUAGCUGCCUAUCCUCGUAUGCUCUUUACAGUUGAUGAAAAUGGUGAAAAUAAAGCUAUAGAUAUCAGAGUUGGACAAGCUGUAGAUGUUGUUGGUCAAGCUGGUAAGCCUAAGAAAAUUACUGGUUUCUAAACUCAUCAAUCACCUGUCCUUAUCAGUUAUGGUGAAAGAGCUGAGUUAGGAAGCGACGAAUAUAUUCCUUUAUAAGCAACUGUUCUUGAAAAUAUUAUCAUAGUAUAGAAAAAUCCCGAUUAUGUUCCUGAAGAAGAAAGUAAAAAUAAAAGAAAGCAAUGA